UGAUAUAAACCGCUCUCCUCAGGUCCUAGUAAAGAGAUGCACCCCCUCCUGAACAUUCUGCAAGUCGUCAAAUUCUUUUUCGUAUAACAACCUUUCUGGUAUCUUCUUCCUGGAUACCAAUUGCUUUCCACGUAAGCCCGGGUCCCUUUUCGGAACCGUCGUAUCAGCUCCAAACGACAGAACAGUCACCCUCGGCCUGGAGAAGACAUACGAGCCAAUUCUUUGCUAGACUUCGAAGUUGCUCUCAGCUAUACACAUACCGAACAUGCCCUCCAAAUCAUCCCAAAAGGCAGCCCUUCCCGAACCCCAGGGCCUUAUAUAUGAUGAAUCGGACAUGGCCCUCUUCCGAGCAAAGCUAUCAUACCAUGCUACAAUAGACAGUCGACUCGCCUCAAACGACACCAAUCUUGUGUCCAUCUCCGAACACCAGGCCAGAAUUAUCAAGCGCUGGGAAAUGCUGAAGCAGGUGGAGAAGGAUAUGACAGACAAAGGCAAGAGUCUGUCUCCGGGCGAAAAGAAGCAACUGUCUCAGUACGAGUGGCGGUAUAAGAAUCUGGAAGAGCUCGCAAUUAAAAGCAACAGGUGAUCAGGGAGCGGAGGACAACAGCAAUUCGGGCUUCAACCUAGGGUGGCAUCGCAUCGCAGCGCAUCGCAUCAUUGGCGUUCACCUUUUUUGAUUUUUCCCCCUUUCUUCCUCAUUUAGAUUUAGGAUUAACAUCCUGCGU